CCGUGAAUUAGUGUUGAAAAAGAAACCGAAUCGUGCACACAAAGCCUUGGUUGAUUUUGAAAAAAAAGUGACAUUAGAAGUACCGCAAACACAAACAUUUACAGUCAUCACUCAAAAUGUCGAUGGUCUUUCAAGUGAUAUCAAAAAUUUAAUUGAAAUGCAUGGUUCUCUUUUUAGAACACGUUGCACUAAAUGUGGAGAUAUCAAGGAGAACCGUGAUUCCCCAAUAGUGCCUGCACUAGAAGGGACAGAAAACUCGCAAUUCGAUAUUGACCUCCCAAUUGAAAAACUCCCAAGUUGUUCGAAAUGCAAGGGUUUGCUGAGACCAGACGUUGUUUGGUUUGAGGAAUGUUUGGAUGAUGAUGUUUCGAAAAAUGUUCUAUUUGAGUUAGGAAGAUGCGAUUUAUUGUUGGUGAUUGGAACUAGUGGUCUUGUUUAUCCGGCAGCUGGUUUUGCUGCGCGUGUUUCAUCUAAUGGUGGUAAGGUUGCAGUUUUCAAUAUUGAAAAGACUUACGAUGCGGAUUUUGAAUUUAUUGGUCCUUGUGGUGAAACCUUAGGUGAAGCUCUUAUG